AACUACAGGUCCCCGGACGCUCUGCGCUGGCGCCGGAAGCGAGCGGUCCGGGAUGGAGGAGGCGGGAUCUCUUGCCUCAUUCAGUGUCUGAAAGCUCACUGAGGGCUUGUCUACACUACCUGCCGGAUCAGGCAGGCAGCGAUCGAUUCAAUGGGGGUCAAUUUAUGGCAUCUACUAUAGGACGCCAUAAGUUGACCGCUGAGCGCUCUCCCGUCGGCUCCAUUUGGUAAUCCUGCUGUCCCCAGCACUGCCCAGCUGCCAUGGCUCUGAUUGAGGGCGUGGGGGACGAAGUCACCAUCCUCUUUGCCCUGCUGCUCAUCCUGCUGGUGCUGGUGCUUGCAUGGGUCUCUACGCACACCUCAGAGCGGGGAGACCAGGUCUUUGCUGCUUCCCCCCCUCUGGCAGCUGGGCAGCUUGGGGCAGAGAGCCUGCUGGAGGAUGGGCCGAGGGAAACCAGCAUGCAAACCCCAGCAGCAGGGGAGCCCAAGGAAGAAGCGGAGUCUUCAGCAGGUACCAUGCCAGAUGGGCCUGACGGUAUUGCUGCAGGGCUGAGGCACCGGGCCAACCCUGGAUCUCCACAGUGCUCCCUGCAGUCCCCUGGAGACAUAGGUGCCAGCCCCGAGGCCACAGACAGUAGCCCCACGGACCGCACCAUAGUGUUAAGGCUGAAGUUCCUGAACGACACGGAGCGCCUGGCCACUGUGUGCCCAGAGGAGACAGUCGGCUCUCUGAAGAGGGCCCAUUUCCCAGGCCAGGAGCACCAGGUGCGUCUGAUCUACCAGGGCCAGCUGCUGCGGGACGAUGCUCAGAGCCUGGCUGCGUUGCACCUCACCCACAACAGCGUUCUGCACUGCCACGUCUCCCAGCAUGGCCCAGCUCCCAUGGCUGCUGGCCUCCGGGCCACCGCUGACCCUGUGCACACAGCCCUCAACGUGGGCAGCCUGAUGCUGCCGCUGUUUGUGCUUAUGCUGGCUGUGCUGUGGUACUUCCAGCUGCAAUACCGGCAUGUCUUCACCGCCACCGCCACCUCCUGCCUGGCUGGCCUCACCUUGCUCUUCAGCUUCAUGGCCUUCGCUCUGUACCGCAGAUAACACUGCCCACGGAGCCUCCGAACCCCGCCAGCUGUGAGAAUACAUGCCAUUCUGGGCAGAGCCCGCCUGCCCACUGCCUCUGCGGCUGAGGGGAGCCCGGGCCAUUGGGCUGUACUGCUCAGCCGUUUUGGUGGGGCUGAUGACAGAGACCCCCUCCCCCCCAAGUCCACUGGGACCCAAGUCUGCUGUUGUAGCAUGAGUCCUGAUGCCCAGCAGGAGGGCAGGGGCAGUGACUGUGGCCCCUAUUUCCGAGUCCCAUACUCCCCAUUCCACCUGGUGGCUGAGAGGAGGGAUGCUGCAGUCCAGUGAGGUUACCCCCUCCCACAAUGGCACUCGGGUGGUUUUUGUCAGGGUGGGGGUAAGACCCUUAAUUAUUACAAGGGGGCAGUUUCUUCCUGCCUCUGAAGAAGGAGAGGGGACUUCUUGGUUAUAAGGAUCAAGCAGCUCUGCAGGACAGGCUAGGGUCUCCUCCUGAACUGGUUCCUCUGCUAGCACCUGCUGCUGAGGAUUGUGCUGAGCAAAUAGAGAAUCUGCUCAGACUCCAUCUGCCCCCCUCAUCUGCUCUUUGCACGUGCUUGUGCACAGACUGGGCCCUCGUGCUCAAUGCUUGUUCACCCACACACUGGCAUACAGUCUGGGUGCUGUUGCGUGCCCUUCUUUCCCCUGCACAAUCCAGUGUGCGCUCGCUUGCGCUCUCUCUCUCUCUCUCUCUCUCUCUCUCACUCACUCAUUCACACUUGCACUCACUCUCUCGUUCUCACACUUUCCUUGCUGUAUGGAGUCCUGGACCUCCUGCUGCCCUUGCACCUUGGUGAUCGAUUAGCCCAUGGCUGCAUGGGGGAGCAGUGCCUCCAAGAAGGGGAGAGCCCUGAAGGCAGAGAUCCUCACCCCCUGGGCCCUCUGGCUGGGCCCACAGCUGAUGCCUGAGUGGAAGUGGGGGGACACUGCAGCUCAUGCAGGGGCUGACUGCGUGGUCUGGCCCUUUGGGGAGGGUGCCCAGCUGUGGGAGGCCCAGCUGGCAGGGCACUGCCUGUCCUGCCCCCUAGGGUUCCUGGGGGGUGAUGGGGCUCGGGUCAGUGGAGCAUGUUUCUCAUUAAUGCUUCUUUUAAAAUUAAAAACUGUGAAUGACUAAAA